AUGCAUACGCCUUCUAACGUGCUGAUAUCACUGGUGAGUGUGAGAUGUAGACAGGAGGAACAGUCGCGUUUGGCGCGUAUUUUCCAACCUCACUGUUUCUUUAGCCUUGGAUUUAGGACAAUGUCGAGUUCAAAGAGAACAGCGUCGAAUCGACUAACAUCUCGGGUUAGCCAGUUCGACCCUCAAGUUACCUUACUUGAGAUUUCGGGCCCUCAGGAUUCCCCGCGUCGCUCUAAACGAAUCAAAACAGAGAUCAAAGCUGAAGUCAAGACCGAAAGUUUGGUUGACUUGGAAGACCUUAACCUGGUCAAGCUCGACCCGGAGUCAGAGACAGAUACCCCGAAGAAACGCAAAAGAGCAACGCCGACAAAGGUGGUUAGACCUUCCUUACAAGAUGCUGCACAGUCAAGCAACCCGACACCGCAGAAGAAACCUGCUACCAAUGUGACGUCUCCGAAGAAAGGGAAGACGAAGGCUAUACCCCAGGAAUUGGGCACCCCACAUCCAGCUCCUCCGAAGUGGAGGGAGACAUACGACACUAUUAAAGAAAUGAGGUCGCGUUUUGUAGCACCUGUGGACACUAUGGGUUGCCAGCAAGCACAGGUCGCGGAGACGGAUCCUAAGAAUCGACGUUACGCGACACUCGUUUCGUUGAUGCUCUCCUCGCAAACAAAAGACGAAGUGACGAAUGCCGCUGUAGACAACCUCAGAAAAGCAUUCGGAGGCAGCAUCUCCGUCGACGCCAUGAUCGCAGCAGAUGACUCCGUUAUUUCAGAAGCAAUCGCUAAAGUAGGCUUUUGGAGGAGAAAGACUACCUACCUCAAGCAAGCUGCCAUUCGUCUGCGCGACGAUUUCGACUCUGAUGUCCCUAGUUCAGUGGACGAGUUAUGCUCUUUACCUGGAGUGGGACCCAAGAUGGCUUUCCUUGCUUUGCAGAUUGCGUGGAAUCAGUAUGAUGGCAUUGGAGUGGACGUUCAUGUUCAUCGUAUAACCAACCUUCUCGGAUGGCACAAACCCCCUACCACCACGCCAGAGCAAACGCGACUUAACUUGCAAUCCUGGCUGCCAAAAGAACUGUUCGGCGAUAUCAACCACAUGCUGGUGGGGUUUGGACAGGUCGUUUGCCUACCUGUAGGGCCUAGAUGUGAUAUGUGUGACUUGAGCGCCAAGGGCCUUUGCCCAAGCGCUAGGACAGUGACCACCAAGAAUCGGAAAGAAAUCAUCUUCACCAAUGUUACCAAAGUUCAGGAUUCACCACCGAAAGUCGAAAUAAAGCUGGAGGAAGAAACGGAAGAAAUGAAAUAUGUACCACCGAGACCCAGCGAAGAACUCGAGUUAAAGCAAGAAACUGAAGAUGAAAAACCUAUACUACAUGAACCUCCAAAAGUUGAUGCCAAUUUAGAAAAGAAACCAAGGAAGGAGUUAUACGUUCCACCGCCGCCACCGCCACCAGCGCAGUCAUAG